AUGAGCACAGGAAACCAUUCCACAGUCACUGAAUUCAUCCUGGCUGGGAUCACAGAGCAGCCAGAGCUCCAGCUGCCCCUCUUCUUCCUCUUCCUGGGAAUCUAUGUACUCACAGUUGUGGGGAAUCUGGGCAUGAUCACCCUGAUCGGGCUCAGUUCUCACCUGCACACACCAAUGUAUUAUUUCCUUGGCAAUUUGUCCUUCAUUGACCUUUGCCAUUCCACUGUCAUUACCCCCAAAAUGCUGGUGAACUUUGUGAUGGAGAAGAACAUCAUCUUCUACCCUGAAUGCAUGACUCAACUCUACUUCUUCUCUGUGUUUGCUAUUGCAGAAUGCCACAUGCUGGCUGCAAUGGCUUAUGACCGCUAUGUUGCCAUCUGUAGCCCCUUGCUUUAUAACAUCAUCAUGUCUUACCGCCUAUGCAUCUGCCUCACAGCAGGGGUUUAUAUUUUCGGUAUCAUUGGGUCUACAAUUCACACAGGCUUUAUUUUGAAACUCAUUUUGUGUAAGACCAAUGUAAUUAACCAUUAUUUCUGUGAUCUUUUUCCACUCUUGGAGCUAUCCUGCUCCAGUGUCUAUAUCAAUGAAUUACUGAUUUUGUUCUUAAGUGCAUUUAACAUCCUGAUUCCCACCUUAACCAUCCUUGUGUCCUACAUUUUCAUCAUAGUCAGCAUCUUCCACAUUCGCUCCACUGAGGGAAGGUCCAAAGCCUUCAGCACUUGCAGCUCCCACAUCUCAGCAGUUGCUAUGUUCUUUGGUUCUGCUGCAUUCAUGUACCUGCAACCCUCAUCUGUUAGCUCUAUGGACCAAGGAAAAGUGUCCUCUGUGUUUUAUACUACUGUUGUGCCUAUGCUGAACCCUCUUAUCUAUAGCCUAAGGAAUAAGGAUGUCAAAUCUGCCCUGGUGAAAAUCCUGGACAAGAUACCAUAUUCAUGA